UCCAAUUCCUACCCUCACCAAAAAACAAACAAACCACAACCAUGUCUGCUUCGAAAUCGCCGCUGGUCAUGAUUCCCGGCCCCACUGAGCUGGAUGCGUCGGUGCUUGAGGCACUGGGCGAGCCGUCGAUGGCGCACGCUGAUCCGCGCUUGAUUGAGCACUUUGGCCGCUCGCUCGAGCUCAUGCGCGACGUCUUCCAGUGCAAGGCCGGCCAGCCGCUCAUCCUCACGGCCUCAGGCACCAUUGGCUGGGACGUCAUUGCCGCCAAUCUCGUCGAACCUGGCCAGCGCGCCCUCGUCGUCACCAACGGCUACUUUGGCGACCGCUUCCGCGACUGCUUGGAGGCGUACGGAGUGGCCACGACGGCGCUCACCUCGCAGCCUGGCACUGCGCCGACGGUCGACGAGAUCACCGCUGCCCUGUCUGCUGCGGGCUCGUCGCACUUCAGCCUGGUGACGCUGACGCAUGUGGACACCUCCAGCGGCGUGCUGACGGACAUCAAGGCGUGUGCCGCGGCCAUUCGCGCUGCUCAGCCCAACGCGCUGAUUGCUGUCGACGGCGUCUGCUCCAUUGGUGGCGAGGAGCUCCGCAUGGACGAGUGGGGCGUCGACGUUGCAUUCACCGCGUCACAGAAGGCCAUCGGAUGCCCAGCUGGUCUCGCUCUCAUGGUCCUCGGCGAGCGUGCGAUGGCGGCGUUCAACGAUCGUGUGGCACGAAAGGUGCCGGUUACUGGAUGGUACGCCUCGCUCGCCAACUGGCUCCCAAUCAUGAAGGCGUACGAGGCUCGUCAGCCUUCCUACUUUGCCACGCCGGCGGUCAACCUGAUUGUUGCGCUGCACAAGGCGUUGGACAACUUGGUUGGCUUCCCUGGCGGCUUGUCUGCGCUGUUUGCCCGUCAAGUCCUUGCCAGUGACGCGUUCAAGGCUGGCAUUGCGGCCAUGGGCUUGACUUUGGUCCCCAAGACACACGCAUCUGCUGCUCAUCUCCUAUCAGCCAUCCGCUUCCCUCAAGGAGUCGGGGCUGGCGACCUUGUGCCGAAAGUGCGCGCUCGUGGUGCGGUCAUCACCGGUGGAUUGCUGGCCCCCAUCAAGACAGAGUACUUCCGCGUUGGCCACAUGGGCGUGUCGGCACUCCAGGCCUCUCGCGACGAUCUGCUUGUGACUUUGCGGGCGAUUGAAGGUGCUUUGAUUGAGCUUGGUGUCGCCGGCGUGACGGCUGGUGCUGCCGAAGCCGCCUUCAACUCUGUCCUGCGCAAGUGAGUGCAUGCCCUGUGAACGGUUUAGUCUGGGGGCCCGGUUUCCAAUGAUUAUGGCAGUAGUUUGGGUUUGAGAUGGAUGCAUGGAAUUCAUAUUGCUGUUGUUUUCCUUUCGUGUUUUUUUUCUUAUGACAAAAAAGAAAAAAAAAAAAAAAGAAAUCCAAA